AGGUGUGGAUUGGUAAGAUGAUUGCUGAGAGCUCUGGCAAAGGAAUCGAACUGUACGCGGGAAUGAACCAGUUGCCAGCCCCAACGCAAUUGGAGAAGCGCGUGGUGCAAGAGUACGUUGAGGACCCGUUCCUGGUGAAUGUGCUGCAGGGAAAACGUAAGACGGAUUUACGUAUAUACGCCGUCAUCACGUCGUUUGAUCCCGUGCGCAUUUACCUACACACCGCCGGACAGGUCAAAGUGGCGCAGAGUGUGUACUCCAACAACUUCACAAACCACUUUGCUCACAUCUCCAAUGCCGUGGGCAGUGCGGAGGACCCGUAUGAUCUCAAAAACAAAACACUCAGAGUGGAACGACAAAUCGACGAGUUCAAAUGGCGGUUAACUCUAGACGAUCUACGAGGGCUGGUGAUGGUCCCCCAUCUGAUGGAAGUCAACAAUGAUCCAGGAUGGAAUCCUUACUACGAAAAGCGUAAAUACACAGUGGCCACCAAAGGCGGGAACGCCAACGGCGCGAAGUGUCUAUUUCCGUUUGUCUAUCAAGGAACCAAGCACCUGGAGUGCAUUCCAAAGCCAGCCUACAACACACCUGUCCUCCCUAACCCAAUACGUACCACUGCCCCAACACACGCGCAGAGCAAAACAGAUCCCACUCUCUGGUGCUAUACAGAUGAGUAUGAGAGUUGGGGAGAGUGUGACCAGACGUCUGAGAAUGCACACAACAAGGACUCCUUGCAGCAGGUGUUCAAUGCCGUCUACGGUGACCUCGUGUUCCUGACAGGUGUCAUCCCAUACGACCCAGAGUUUGAGCUUGUGGUGAUAGAGCGAUACGAGACUCUGUGUGCGGCUGCGCUCAUGCCGGCAGCCUGUCGCAUUGAGCAAGUGAAGAACAAGGUGGUAGUCAUGGCCAAUGAGAUGCAGGCGCGAGGAGACUUCAGGUACAUCUGA